AUGCGUGAUACUUACUUUGGAGAAGAUAAACAGCCACAAUCAAUGGUUUUUCCAUCUACACAUCCUGAUGAGAAACUUAGAAACAAACCUAAGGGCAUAAAACAAUUUUUGGAGUGUUAUGGUGCAGGUCAUCUAUACUCAUCAAAAAUGUAG